CAGAACGAAAGUAAAAUAGUGGACGAAUUCUUUCAGUUAGCCGUCUACGAUCCGUGCUUAGGAAGCCGUACCGUGGCAUACGAGGGUCAUCAAUACGAUUAUAAGAUUUUUGCCAAUAGUUCUAUUUAUAUCCCUUAUUAUGCAACAUUAAUUGAAUCGACAUCAUAUUGCUUUACUAUUAUUUUGGAAAGGGGAAAUACGUUUGAAAUAACUUUCUGUUCAGAUCUAAAGGAACUUUACAGAAACGCUAUGAAGUACUCACCUGAGUUUCGUUGGAUACAUCGUAUGAUUGAUAUACAUUGCAGCUUGAAUUUAGUGGGUAUAUUAUUUUUAGUGGCAGUAUUUCUAGUGUAUUCCAUAUUGCCAGAACUCCGAAAUGAACACGGCUUCAUGUUGCGCAAUUACUGUGCAUGUUUAUCCAUCACAUUCGUGAUUGAUACAGUCAAAGUUUUACAUUUGAAAGAGGAACCGACAUACAUCCGUCCCGUCUGUAUUACAAUUGCCUUUUUAAGAUAUUUUUGGUUUAUGUCGAGUUCCUUUUGGCUAAGUAUCAUGAGCUUUAAUAUGUGGCGGACAUUCAGAGAAUUUUCUUCGCUACAAAGGAACGUCAAAGGAAUUAUACAAUCAGGAAAAAAAAAGUUGGUGUAUUAUGCUAUUUUUGCGUACGGAUGUCCAUUUGUAUUUGCAAUUGUUUGUGUCAUUGUUGCGGAUUAUUUUUCCGAGUAUUUACCAAAAAAUUUGAGACCAGAAUUCGUAGAAGGAUCUUGCUGGUACUCUAGUCAACAUUUUGAAGCGUAUAUAUUUUAUUAUUACUGGAUCAGUACUACCUGUAUUGUUAGUAGCAUUUGCUUAUCCAUUUCUUCGUCUCGAAAUAUCAAACGGUGUGAAAAGGAUGCAAAUUUUCGUCUAACAGAUUCGGAAAGCAGGCAGUAUAAUCAAAAUAAGAAAUGGUUUAAUCUAUAUAUGAAGUUUUUUAUCAUAUUGUUUAUCACUAUGGGUAUAAAUUGGAUUUUGUAUACAGUUGGAUGGCAUUUAUAUACAAUACAAUUAUAUUAUUAUUGUUUUUGCAUUAAUAUUGCUAAUGCUUUAUUAAAUGUAACAGAGUAUUUCUUGGUCUUUAUCAUAUUUGUAUGGAAAAAGAAAAUCAAGUCGAUGUUAUUGAAACGAUUCGGAUUCGAGACAAAUACAUCGACUUGA